AUGUUUCUCAUUCUCUUGAUAACGACUAUUUUGGCUGUGGCUCUGGUGCACCAGUGGAGAGCAAGGAGGCAGUUACCGAGAGGUCCAUUUCCCCUCCCAAUCAUUGGAAAUCUCCACCAACUUCUUUUCUACUGUUGGAAAAACGGAGGAAUCAUUGAAGGAUACGCGGAAAUUGAGAAAUCGUUCGGAAAAGUGUACACUCUCUGGAUUGGUCCCCUACCUACAGUAUUCAUUUCGGACUAUGACGUGGCAGUGGAGACGCAUAUCAAAAGAGCAAAUGUAUUCGGAAAACGAUAUGCUCCGGGAAUUAUGAAUUACAUUCGAUUCGAUAAAGGAGUCGUCGCGUCCAACGGGGAUUUCUGGCAAGAUCAUCGGAGAUUCGCGCUGACGACGUUGAGAAAUUUCGGAUUUGGAAGGAAUAUUAUGGAGGAGAGAAUCAUGGAUGAGUAUAGAUAUAGAUUCGAAGAAUUCUCAUCAACUGGAAAUAACAACAGAUCCGGCAGUUUCACUACUUGCGCUCGCUCGUUUUUUGAUUUACUAACUGGCAGUGUUAUCAACAAAAUUCUUAUCAAUGAGCGAUUUGGGAGGGUGGGGGGACAUGAAAAAAAUAAUGUUCUCGAAAUUCCGUUCAAAGAUGCCCCUCGAGGAGUUGAACUUGUGAGGGCGAUGAUUGAGGGUGCGGCGCCGCAACCGACUGAGCCACGCGGGCAAAGAGAAAGUUCUGAUUUUCUGAAUUUCUGA